CCCUCAUCCUCCCUCCAACAAGAUGGCGGCGGCGCUGGCGGUGGCGGCACCAACGGCUUUGUUUCCUUUCGGCGCCUGAGCGCGGUCCCGGCGCGGCCAGCGGCGCCAAGCGGCAGCAGCGGAGACAUGACCGCGGAGCUCAUGAGUGAAAGCAAGCUGGACACCCUGGUACAGAAGCUUCAUGACUUCUUGGCUCACUCAUCAGAAGAAUCAGAGGACGCAAAUACUCCUCCAAGGUUAUCUGUGAACAAAAAUACAGAUAAAAGUAGUGAGCCUGAAAACAGUCCAACUCCAAUGGAAAAUAAUAGGGAAGAGAUGCAGUUUAUCCAAAUAACUGGCAAUAGUUCUUCAGAAAGAUCCAAAUCUUUAGGAUCAUCACGUUCGAAAAGGAAGCCUACUGUGGUAACAAAAUAUGUUGGAUCAGAUGAUGAGCAAACCUUAGAUGAAACUGUAAAUGAAGAUUUUUCAAAUGAAAACUCAGAAAAUGAUGUUGACAUGAAAAGCUUGCCAAAAGGUACAGUGGUUGUACAACCAGAGCCAGUGCUGAAUGAAGACAAAGAUGAUUUUAAAGGGCCUGAAUUUAGAAGCAGAAAUACCGUUAAAAUGAAACCUGAGGCUCCCAAAAAGCGUGGAGAGGAAGGACUGCAUGGAAUUGUAAGCUGUACAGCUUGUGGGCAACAGGUGAACCAUUUUCAAAAGGAUUCAAUCUAUAGACACCCUACACUGAAAGUCCUUAUUUGUAAGACUUGCUACAAAUAUUAUAUGAGUGAUGAUAUUAGUCGUGAUUCAGAUGGAAUGGAUGAACAAUGUAGAUGGUGUGCUGAAGGUGGGAACUUAAUUUGCUGUGACUUUUGCCAUAAUGCCUUCUGCAAAAAGUGCAUUCUGCGCAACCUUGGUCGAAAAGAGCUGUCAACUAUAAUGGAUGAAAAUAAUCAAUGGCACUGCUACAUUUGCCAGCCAGAACCUUUGUUGGACUUGGUCACUGCAUGUGACAGUGUCUUUGAAAAUUUAGAACAGUUAUUACAACAAAACAAAAAAAAGAUAAAAGUUGAGAGUGAAAAAAGUAAAAUAUAUGACCAUGCAAUCAAAUUUUCUCCAAAGAGAAACAGUUCAAAUUGUAAUGGAGAAGAAAAAAAAAUAGAUGAUUCGUAUUCUGGUUCGUUAACCUAUUCCUACAAAGCACUUAUGGUGCCAAAAGACUUGCUUAAAAAGGCUAAAAAACUGGUUGAGACUACAACAAAUAUGAAUGCUAGUUUUGUAAAUUUUUUGAAAAAGGCAACAGAAAAUUCAGAAAUAAAUCCCACUGUACAGGUUCGUCAACUAAAAGCUUUUAAAUCUGUGUUGAGUGACAUCAAAAAAGCUCAUCAGGUAUUAGAAGAAGGUCUGAAUUUGGAGAUUCAAGCUUUGGAUGCUAAAAUCAAAGAAAAAAAUACCAAAGAGAAGAAAAAUGAAACUAAACCAGAAAAAACGGAGAGUAAAAAAGAGGAAGUAAAGGAACACGCAGUCUUAAAAGAGAAGGACAUUGUAAACCCUGAGGAAAAAAUUGAGUCAGCACAGUCUGACAGUGAGCCCAUGGAUCAAAGUGUUCCAACAGCAGAACAAACGGAAAACAAGAAUGCUAGCAGCGAAGAUAAAAGGUCUGAUACAAAUGCAGAACCUCAAUAUGAGCCUAAUAGUACGGAGGCUUUAGACAUGGAUAUUGUGUCUGUUCCUUCAUCAGUCCCUGAAGAUAUUUUUGAGACUUUAGAAUCUGCUAUGGAAAUUCAAACUGCAUCUGAAGAACAGGGCAGUAGAAGUGCAGCAACAGAGCAGGAGACACUAAAUGCAAAUAUAAAAUCUAAUAUUCCUCUGAAAGACACUAAAGGAGGUCCAAAGUUAAAAGCAUCAGCUAAAGUAACAAAAGAAUUGUUUGUAAAAUUGACUCCUGUUUCCCUUUCUGAUUCCCCAGUAAAAACUGAAGAUCAAGAGAAUAGUCUGGAAAAGGAAGCUAAGAAUGUUGAUGCAAUAUCUAAAGCAGAAAACUGUGAUUCUGGAAAAGAAAACCAUGAUGCUGGCAAUGAAUGCUUGCCACAAAAUGAUGCUGUUUUAUUGAUAGAAGAAUCUGAUCUCAGGCGGUCCCCACGUGUAAAGACCACUCCUCUGAGACGUCAAACAGAUGUUAAUCCCUUAACAUCUAAUUCAGAAGAGGACAGCAAUGAUACUGGCAAUGAAAAGCGUAAGCAAAAGUCAUCAUCCCAAUCAAAGAGGAAGCAAGAUAAAAGAAAUUCUUUUGAUAAGACUGUUGAUAGCCCUAAACCUAAUAAACUUUCUAAAUCCAAAAAACCAAAAGUGCUGGACCAAAGUUCAGAUUCUGAUGAGAUGCCAGCAGUCCUUAAAGAAGUAGCUAUGAUAAGUCAGAGUUCUUCAGAGUUUGACAGCAAUACCGAAACACCCAAAAACGUUCAGAAGAUUACAAAUGAUCUUAAGAAACAAUCAAAGAAGGAUGAAAAUGGAAAACGAAAAAGGAGGAGUUCCAGUUCUGGUUCAGAUUUAGAUUCCAAAAGAGGCAAAUCAACUAAAGACUCUACUUCUGCAAAAAAGAAACGACAAAACUAUUCAGAUUCUUCAAAUUAUGACUCUGAGUUAGAAAGAGAAAUUAAAAGUUUGAGUAAAAUUGAAUCUGCAAAAAAAGCCAAAAAGAAAUACUCCAGGAAAGAAGACAGUUAUGAUUCCUCUGAAGAAGAGCAGAGUAAAAAAGGAACCGCUAGUAAGAAAAAGAAGAAAAUACAUUUGAAGAAACAGCGAGAUGAAUCUUCUAAUGAUGAAUCUGAGAAUUCAUCCCCAGAGAAAGAGGACACUAAUAACUUUUCUGAAGACAAAAAAAGUAAGAGAACAGCUAUUAAGGAAAAGAAAAAUAGAGAUUUAAAACAGGGAACUUCAACAGAGAAGCAGGAUGAUUCCUCUGAAGAAGAGCAGAGUAAAAAAGGAAGUAAGAAAAAGAAGAAAAUAAAUGUGAAGAAACAGCGAGAUGAAUCUUCUAAUGAUGAAUCUGAGAAUUCAUCCCCAGAGAAAGAGGACACUAAUAACUUUUCUGAAGACAAAAAAAGUAAGAGAACAGCUAUUAAGGAAAAGAAAAAUAGAGAUUUAAACCAGGGAACUUCAACAGAGAAGCAGGAUGAGUUGUUGGAUUUUAAGAAGUCAAACCUGGAGAAAACAAAAAGCUGCCCUUCUGAAGGUAAAAAUAGAACACAAGCUAAAGAAAAGAAAAACAGAGAGCUGAAGAAGAAAAAGGCACAAGAUGAUUCUUCAUCAGAUGGUGCUGAGAAGGCUGUAAAAAAGCAGAAUUGUGAUUCUUCAGAGGACAAAGUCAAGAAUGAAAAAGCAACAGAAAGUGAAGAGAAGAAAAGUGAAAACUUGAAAAAGAAAAGACACAAAAAAGAACAAAAUGACUCUUCUUCUGAUGUUGAGAAGUCAUCUCCAGAGAAAGAUGGCUACAAUUCCUCUGAAAACAAUAAAAGUAAAAAUGAAAUGGUGGUUAAGAAAAGAAGAAAUCUACGAGAGAGAACAGCUAAGAGAGUGCAGAUUGAUUCAUCUUCAGAUGCUGAGCAGUCCCCAAAGAAAGAGAGUUCUUCUGAUGAUGAUAAACGAAAUAAACGUAUAGAAGCUAAAGAAAAGAAAAAGAUAAGCCACAAAAAGAAAGCAUCUAAGAAAGAACAGAAUGACUCUUUGUCCUCUUCUGAUGGGGAAUCUUAUGAAGAUAAUAAAAAAAAGAGUAAAAGAGGAUCCACUAAGGAAAGCAAAAAGGGUAACUUAAAAGAGAAAAAGAGAAUUUCUAAAAAGCAGAAGGAUGAUCUUACAUCAUCUUCAUCAGAUGAAGAAGAGAAUGAUGACCAGAAGUCAACAGGGGAUGGGAGCAGUGAUGAGCAGAAGAUUGUGCCAGUGACAGAAGAUUUAAUGAUGUCCUUCAACACAGGAUUUUGUCAGUCCUCAGGAGAUGAAGGAGAGACUAAAUCUGGGGCUGUUCCAAUGGAGGAGGAGGAAGAUGAUGACGAUCCUGAGAAUAGAAUUGCCAAGAAAAUGCUUUUAGAAGAAAUCAAAGCCAAUCUUUCCUCUGAUGAGGAUGCAUCUUCAGAUGAAGAGCUGGAUGAAGGAAAAAAGAAAACUGGAAAGCAAAAUGAAAACACAGGAGAUGACGAGGAGAAUGAAAAGGAAGAGAAUUCUGAAUCAGAUUCAGAUGAUGAAGAAUCAAAGAAACCUAGAUAUAGACACAGGCUGCUGAGACAUAAGCUAACUGUGAGUGAUGGAGAAUCGGGGGAAGAAAAGAAGGGAAAAUCUAAAGACCCUAAAGAAGGCAAACACAGAAAUAGAAGGAAAGUGAGCAGCGAUGACUCAAAUGACUCAGAGUUUCAUGAAUCUGAAGUUAGUGAAGAAGUUAGUGAGUCUGAAGACGACCAACGUCGUAGAACAAGAUCUUCUAAGAAAGCCGAGGCAGAAGAAAACCGCAGUUACAAGCAAAAAAAGAAAAGGCGACGCAUUAAAGUUCAGGAGGAUUCCUCCAGUGAAAACAAGAGCAACUCUGAGGAGGAAGAGAAUGAUGAUUCAAAAUCUCCUGGAAAAGGCAGGAAGAAAAUCAGAAAGAUUAUUAAAGAUGAUAAGCUUAGAACAGAGACACAAAAUGCACUGAAAGAGGAGGAAGAAAGAAGAAAACGUAUUGCAGAAAGAGAGCGAGAGAGAGAGAAACUGAGAGAGGUGAUAGAAAUAGAAGAUGCUUCACCUCUGAAGUGUCCUAUUACAACUAAACUGGUUUUAGAUGAAGAUGAAGAAACCAAAGAACCAUUGGUGCAGGUUAACAGACAUAUAGUUACUAAACUGAAACCACAUCAAGUAGAUGGUGUUCAGUUCAUGUGGGACUGUUGUUGUGAAUCUGUGAAAAAAACAAAGACAUCUCCAGGCUCUGGGUGCAUUCUUGCUCACUGUAUGGGUCUAGGGAAAACAUUGCAGGUAGUGAGUUUUCUCCAUACCGUACUGUUAUGUGACAAGCUGGAUUUCAGCACUGCUCUUGUAGUGUGUCCAUUGAACACAGCUUUGAACUGGCUCAAUGAGUUUGAAAAAUGGCAAGAUGGUUUAGAAGAUGAUGAGAAAUUAGAGGUCUGCGAACUAGCAACUGUGAAACGCCCUCAAGAGAGAAGCUACAUGCUGCAACGAUGGCAGGAAGAAGGAGGUGUUAUGAUCAUAGGCUACGAAAUGUAUCGUAAUCUUGCACAAGGCAGAAAUGUGAAGAGUCGAAAACUUAAAGAAAUAUUUAACAAGGCUCUGGUUGAUCCAGGCCCUGACUUUGUUGUGUGUGAUGAAGGGCAUAUAUUAAAAAAUGAAGCUUCUGCUGUUUCUAAAGCUAUGAAUGCAAUACGAUCCAGAAGGAGGAUAAUUCUUACAGGAACACCACUGCAGAAUAACCUUAUAGAAUAUCACUGCAUGGUUAACUUUAUCAAGGAGAACUUGCUUGGAUCAAUUAAGGAAUUCCGAAAUCGUUUUAUAAAUCCAAUCCAGAACGGUCAGUGCGCAGAUUCUACCCCUGUUGAUGUAAGAGUAAUGAAAAAGCGUGCACAUAUUUUAUAUGAAAUGUUAGCUGGAUGUGUUCAGAGAAAAGAUUACACUGCAUUAACUAAGUUCCUGCCACCAAAACAUGAGUAUGUUCUUGCAGUUAGAAUGACGCCUCUUCAGUGUAAACUCUAUCAAUUCUACUUGGAUCACUUAACAGGUGUAGGUAGCAGCAGUGAAGGUGGAAGAGGCAAAGCUGGAACUAAACUAUUUCAGGACUUCCAGAUGUUAAGUAGAAUCUGGACUCACCCUUGGUGUUUGCAGCUGGACUAUAUUAGCAAAGAAAAUAAGGGCUAUUUUGAUGAAGAUAGUCUGGAUGACUUCAUUGCUUCAGAUUCCGACGAAACUUCAAUGAGUUUAAGCUCUGAUGAUUAUGCAAAGAAAAAAAAAUCCAAGGGGAAAAAAGCAAAGAAAGAGAGCAGCUCAAGUGGCAGUGGCAGUGAUAAUGAUGUUGAAGUGAUUAAAGUUUGGAAUUCAAGGUCUCGUGGAGGUGGAGAAGGAAAUACAGAGGACCUUGCAAACACCCCUGCUAUUCCUAUAAAAUCAGAGGAGGGUAAAGCCACAUCCUCUUCCAACCCAGGAAGCCCAGCUCCAGACUGGUAUAAGGAUUUUGUCACUGAUGCAGAUGCUGAAAUAUUGGAGCAUUCUGGGAAAAUGGUUCUUCUCUUGGAAAUACUUCGUAUGGCAGAGGAACUUGGUGACAAAGUUCUAGUUUUUAGCCAGUCUCUAAUAUCACUGGAUUUGAUAGAAGACUUUCUUGAGCUGGCCAGCACGGAGAAAACUGACAAAGAGAAACCUAUUUAUAAAGGUGAAGGAAAAUGGUUCAGAAAUAUUGACUACUAUCGUUUAGAUGGUUCAACUACAGCUCAGUCUAGAAAGAAAUGGGCUGAAGAGUUUAAUGACGAAACUAACGUGAGAGGCCGUUUGUUUAUUAUUUCCACUAAAGCAGGUUCUCUUGGAAUAAACCUAGUGGCUGCUAAUCGUGUGAUUAUCUUUGAUGCCUCUUGGAACCCAUCCUAUGAUAUCCAGAGUAUCUUUAGGGUUUACCGCUUUGGGCAAAACAAACCUGUGUUUGUGUACAGGUUCCUAGCUCAGGGAACAAUGGAGGACAAGAUCUAUGAUCGCCAGGUAACAAAACAGUCACUGUCUUUCCGGGUGGUUGACCAGCAGCAAGUUGAGCGUCACUUCACCAUGAAUGAGCUCACAGAGCUCUAUACUUUUGAGCCAGAUUUGCUGGAUGACCCUAAUUCAGAAAAGAAAAAGAAGAGGGACACACCCAUGCUGCCAAAGGAUACAAUUUUGGCAGAAUUGCUUCAGAUCCAUAAAGAACACAUAGUGGGCUACCAUGAACAUGACUCGCUCCUGGACCACAAAGAGGAAGAAGAAUUGACUGAAGAAGAAAGGAAGGCAGCUUGGGCAGAAUAUGAAGCUGAGAAGAAGGGUCUGACCAUGCGUUUCAACAUGCCAACUGGGACCAAUAUGCCCCAUCUCAACUACAACACUCAAACGCCAUAUAUUCCUUUCAAUCUGGGAGCUUUGUCAGCAAUGUCUAACCAGCAGCUGGAGGACCUCAUUAAUCAAGGAAGAGAGAAAGUUGUAGAAGCCACCAACAGUGUAACUGCAGCAAGAAUUCAGCCCCUUGAAGAUAUUAUCUCAGCUAUAUGGAAGGAUAAUAUGACCCUGACGGAGAGCCAGGUACAGGCCUUGGCCCUAAGUAGACAGGCAAGCCAAGAGCUGGAUGUGAAGCGCAGAGAAGCCUUGUACAACGAUGUCCUGACAAAACAGCAGAUGCUAAUCAGUUGUGUUCAGAGGAUACUUAUGAACAGAAGACUACAGCAGCAGUACAAUCAGCAGCAACAGCAGCAAAUGUCUUAUCAACAAGCAGCAAUGAGUCAUCUUAUGAUGCCAAAGCCUCCAAAUUUAAUCAUGAAUCCUUCCAACUACCAACAAAUAGAUAUGAGAGGAAUGUAUCAGUCCGUUUCGGGUGGUAUGCAGCCACCACCACUGCAACGCGCACCACCCCCAAUGAGAGGCAAAAAUCCAGGACCUUCCCAAGGGAAAUAAAUGUGAUUUUGCACUUAAAGCUUAAAGGAUUGUUAAAAUCAGAGAAAGAACUUUUAUUUUUUUAGGAAUCAAUGGCUUAACAGAACUCAACUGUAUAAAUAGUUUGGUUGGUCCCCUUAAAUGCCAUGUUCCAUAUUAGUGUUUCAGCUUUGUUUAAAUAGGACAUAAUGUUUUCUCUGAUUUGUCAGUGAUGUUGCCUAGAAUCUUCUUACAUGUUUUAAGUACAGGAGAUAUCAAAUUGUUUUCAGUGAAAACAAGUCCUUCCAUAACAGUAGCAGCUCCACAGGUUUCCUGUCUAAACUCCUACGCUUGCUUUUAGUAGCCAUGAAAAUAUUACCAGAUUUGAGAGGCUUAGGGAAGAAUACAGAUCUGUAUAUUUCAGUAUGCCAUUAUAUAACAUGUACACAGCUGAGUUCUUGAUUAGAGUUGAUUCCUCAAAUUAUGGAAUACUUUUCUACUUGCCCGUUUUUUUAAAUUAGUGGGAGUGUUAAGCCAGAAGAAAUAGUCUAAUUUCCUUUUGACUGAUGUCUGGACUCGCACAGUAUCACUUGUGCUGAAUAAAACAAAGGAAUUGAAAACUAUCUUGAGAGAACUGAGUGCAAUAUUCUUAAAUACUACUGCUCUGAAAUGUCUGGGUCAUGCAGUUAUCCUGAAACUGUUUACAGCCUUAAUCUGCGACUGGAGAAGAGAAACUUUUUUUUUUUUCCUCCGGUCUUCUGCCACCUUUUAUUUUCAGUUUUCUGUGAUGGAAUAACAACUGGUCAACUUAAGGUUACAGGUUUUUAUCCUUCACAUGCUAAUUUGCUCUAUGCUGACUUCAAUACAAAGCACAUUUCUGCUGACUCCUUGAUGCUGGUGCUAGUGUCUCUUCCCGUUGCCGGCAAUGGGAUUUGGGCCAAGAAAAUCAAAUUCCUGGUAUUUUGGGGGUUAAAGUAGUGAUGGUGGUUAGGGUCACACCCUCUUUUCUAAACAUUAUCAAAACAACAGAACCAUUGCUGACUUUAAAUGCAUACAAUGAACCGUGCUUCAGCCAUUUCCAGGGCUGCCAGAAUUGUGGAGUAGUUCUUCCUUUCCAGAGAAAGAUCUCUGGCCGUCACUCUCUCCUCCCCCUCCCUGAUCUCCUGUUAUUUUCCUAAGAACAUAAUUUAGUACAGAAGUGUGAUAGUUCUACCCUUUUUUGUUACUAUUAAUAUUUUAAUCUAGACCAGAGGUAAAUUUCUGGUUUAUCCUUAACAUCCUCCUUAGGCACAUCUUAAUCAGUUAUUAGUACAGCUUGUGUGUUUCUGAUGAUCUAAUUAUACACACAUAAAUAGGGCUUUUCUUUGCAUGUAGUUUGGUUGAUACUAUUUUUGUUUAAAAAAAAAAAAUUAUAGAAUGUGGGAGUAACAUUAAAUGACAGGAAUGUUUGAGGCGAUGGUGUAUUGAGUAUUGACAACAGCUAGAAAACUCAUGGGAAAGAAGAGCUGGAUGGAGGGAUUUGCUCUAGAUAUCACUGAACUCAUACAACUUGCUGACAUUUAACUAAAACUGAUUUAAUUUCUGGAAUCAUUCAUGCAGGAUUUUCUCGAGUUUUUAUGUCCUGAAUGGACAAGUGUUUUAGCAUCUAAAUAUGUAAAUCUUGAGAUACUUCAGUUUGUGAUUAAAUUUUGGUUUAUGCUAUGAGUAGAGUAUUAGAUCUGAUGUAAAACCAGCUAACCAAAUUGUUACUUUGGAUUCUUCAUGACAAGACACCGCAACAAAAAUCGGUAUGUUCUAGCGCUCUGUCAGCUCUGUAAUUAAACUUUUUUAAUUCUGGGGGAGGGGAGCCAAAAAAAAAGGUGUAUUCACUUGAAAAGAAAUGAAAAAAUGAGACUUUGAGACAAACGUUUGAAGGCAAAUGUUCUCUGGGCAACUGUCACUGAUAUUCCUACGUGUCAUGAAUAAGAAAUUUGUUCUACCAGACCUGGGAAUUUUCAAUGGAGUUUUACAAUAACUCGCUCAAAGACUUAAAUGUGGAAGUUUUAGGCAACAUUUAAAGGCACAUUUUUUCAUCCUGGACAAAACUAUGGAUAACAGAAGACUAAUGCAUAAGAGGAUAUCAGAGAUAAGAAGCAUUGAAAUAAAACUUGGACCACUUUGCAUACAUGUUUCUCACUUGACAUUUUAGCUGCAUAUGUGCUUUGAGUAUAACAUCAAGCUUUAACAAAUAUUUAAAGAAAGAACAUUACAUCAGUAAGAUAUUAAAAGGCUCAUUUUUAUAUUUGUUUUAGAUGUUUUAACUAGUUGAAAUGGCUUAAGAUGACGAAUAAAAAUGUUGCUUGUAAUACACUUUUGCCUGCUAAAUUCUCCACAUUUUGUAACCUGUUUAUUCCUUUGGAUGUAAAGCGUUUUUGCUUAGUAUCGUGAUAUUGUAUAUGUUUUGUCCCAGUUGUAUAGUAAUGUUUCAGUCCAUCAACCAGCUUUGGCUGCUGAAAUCAUACAGCUGUGAAGACUUGCCUUUGUUUCUAUUAGACGGCUUUUCAGUUCUGUAUUAAAUAUCUUAAGUACUGUAGAAAAGAUGUCACCUCUUCCUAUAAGGCUGUUUUGUAAUAUAUAUAAGGACUGGAAAUGUGUUUUUAAAGAAAAGAAGCAUUCAAGUAUGACAAUAUACUAUCUGUGUUUUCACCAUUCAAAGUGCUGUUUAGUAGUUGAAACUUAAACUAUUUAAUAUCUCAUUUAAUAAAGUGACCAAAAUACA